ACCAUCACAAACAAUCUCAAUAUGGCAUACCAUAAAAUCUCUUGUGUUGUUUUUUUCUUAGUGUUAGGCAUAGGCAUAUGCACUGCCACCAGGGCCCUCCUCACGUAUGAACUUGGAGGACAUGCGAGUGUUGGUGUUGAUGUUGGUGUAGGUGUAGGUGGGUAUGCCGGUGGCAGAGGUGGUGGAAGUGGUGAAGGCGGUGGGGCAGUUCAUGGAGGAGGAGGAGAGCAUGCUGGUGGAUAUGGUAGCGGUGGAGGAGGAGAGCAUGCUGGUGGAUAUGGUGGAGGUAGUGGUGGAGGAGGUGCAGCUAGUGGCGGAUCUGCCUAUGCUGGUGGUGGUGGUAGUGGAAGUGGAGGAGGUGGUGGGGCAGUUCAUGGUGGAGGUGGUGAGCAUGCUGGUGGAUAUGGUAGUGGAAGUGGUGAAGGAGGUGGCGCUGCUGGUGGUGGGGCAACUUACGGCGGCGGAGCUGGUGGUGGAAGUGGCGGCGGGGUAGCUCAUGAUGGAGGCAGUGGGCAUGCCGGUGGAUAUGGUAGCGGAAGUGGUGAAGGAGGCGGUGCUGCUGGUGGUGGAGCAGCAUAUGGUGGAGGCGGUGGUGGUGGAAGUGGAGCUGGUGGGGCAUCUAGGGCUGGAGGUGGCCAUGCAGGUGGUUAUGGCGGUGGUGAAGGUGGAGGCCAUGGAGGUGGGGCAGCUAGCGGUGGAGCUACUUAUGGCGGUGGUGGUGGUGGUGGUAGUGGUGGUGGUGGCGCUUAUGGGGAUGGAGGAGAGCAUGGCGGAGGUUAUGGAGGUGGCGAAGGUGGGGGCCAUGGAGGUGGCUAUGGUGCUGGUGGGGCCGGCAGACACGUUGGAGGUGGUGGAGGCGGAAGUGGUGGUGGUGGUGGUGCAGCAUAUGGAGGUGGCGAAGCAGGAGGUGGGUACGGUAGUGGUGGUGGAGGAGGUGGUGGACACGGAGGAGGUGCUAGUGAAGGAGGCUAUGUUGCUGGUGGCGGUGGUGGAUCUGGUGGCGGAGGUGGCUCUGCCGCUGGUGGCGCCCAUUCUGGUGGCUAUGGUGCUGGUGGGGGAGGGGGUGGUCAUGGAGGAUACAUGCCUUGAGUAGUACUUUAUGUCCAUCUCAAUGAACCUUGUUGAAAAUCUAUGGCUAGCUUCUUAUUCUACUGUUUUUCUUAUUAGUAAUUUAUAAUAAGGUUAGUCAUAGACUCUACAGGAGUGAAGUUCGCAAGAACUAUAUAUAUUUAUUUAUCACAUAUACUGUAUGGUUGUGAUUUA